GCCUCAUUGGUGCUUACUUUAUAUCCAAACGGAAAAAAAAAAUCCCAUUUGCUUGAAACUUCCCAACACUCUGACCCACUACUUUUUCCGGCGAGAUAAUUCCGGCAAUUGGAGGCGGAAGCCGUCGCCGGAGAUGAUGGCAUUCUCAAUUCCACCCGCGAUAAUCCCUUCCCGCGUGACCUGCAGAGCGACUCUCGCUUCUUCAUCCUCAUCGCCAUCGUCGCUCGCCUUCGACGCCGCCUACAUCAAACGGGCCGCCGAUUUAGCCGACAAAUCCGCCGGGUUCACGGCGCCGCACCCGAACUACGGCUGCGUCAUUGCCACCAGCUCAGGUAGUGGAGAGAAGGUUGUGGUCGGAGAAGGGUAUUUGUAUGCUCAGGGCACCUCGCCCGCGGAGCUGGAGGCGGUGGAGGCCGCCGGCGAGCGCUGCCGUGGCGCCACGGCUUACCUCAACAUGGAGCCCAAUCACUGCCUCGGCGAUCAAGCUGCAGUCUCUGCUCUGCUUCAGGCAGGAAUUGCAAGAGUUGUCAUUGGAAUCAGACAUCCUUUGGAACAUCUUCGGGGCAAGGCUAUUCGUGCUUUUAGAAGUCAAGGACUGCUGGUUGAUGUUCUUGGCGAGGAUCUCCAAUGUAAAGCUAUUGAGGAAAGUCUGAAGUCAUGUCUUCUUGUCAAUGCUCCUUUACUGUAUAGAGCUGCUAGUCAAGUUCCAUUCUCUCUUCUCAAAUAUGCAAUGACCCUUGAUGGAAAAAUUGCUGCAAGUAGUGGGCAUGCAUCAUGGAUAAGCAGCAAAAGGUCAAGAACCAGAGUUUUUGAAUUGCGGGGCAGGAGUGAUGCAGUUAUUGUAGGAGGAAACACUGUACGCCGAGAUAAUCCACAACUUACAGCAAGACAUGGAGGUGGGCAUUUACCUCAACGGAUUGUAAUGUCAAAAUCUCUUGAUCUUCCUGAGGUGGCAAACUUGUGGGAUGUUACUGAGGUUUCCACCAUGGUUAUGACACAGAGAGGUGCAAAAAGAAGCUUCCAGAAAUUCCUUGCAUCAAAAGGCGUGGAAGUGGUUGAGUUUGAAAUUUUGAAUCCCAAAGUUGUAAUGGAUUACUUGUAUGAUCGUGGAUGUCUUUCAGUUUUGUGGGAGUGCGGAGGUACAUUAGCUGCAUCUGCUAUUUCUUCCGGUAUCAUACACAAGGUACAGGCAUUUGUCGCCCCUAAAAUUAUUGGUGGGAAAUAUGCACCAUCUCCCGUAGGGGAACUUGGGAUGGUGGAGAUGUCUCAAGCUCUGGAAUUAAUUGAUGUAAACUAUGAGCAGGUUGGUCCUGACAUGCUUGUGAGUGGAUUUCUUCAGCCGGUUCCUGACUUGAUGCCAGUGAUCCCUUCAAUUAACGAAACUUAUGCAAUUGAUCCUACUGUUUCUCCAUAUGAAUCAAGCAUCAUUUUCUUUUAUAAGACGUGGGAUCCUUACGGUGCAUUUUCAAACUUUUCUUUGCAUCCAAUUCGAAUGCCUGAUGAAAGUGGAGAAUAUUACAGCUGGCCAAGUGUGGAGCACUAUUACCAGGCAAAUAAGUUCGUGGGUGUAGAAGACCCCGUUGCGAAAAAGUGUUUGAAGGAGAUAAAAACUGCAAGAAGUCCUGAGGAAGCAGCUCGUAUAGGAAGGCGAACACAGAGGCAACGGCCAGAUUUGGUUAGGGCGGAUUGGGACUCAGUCAAGAUCGAUGUGAUGUAUAAAGCCUUGAAGUGUAAGUUCACGACGCAUCCUCACUUGACUUCCAUGCUGCUCUCGAGCGCUGGAUCAGUUCUCGUUGAAGCUUCGCCGCACGAUCUGUUCUGGGGGGGCGGACGGGACGGGGAAGGGCUGAACUAUCUCGGGAGGCUGCUGAUGCAGCUGAGGUCCGAGUUGCUGGCUGAUGAUUCUGCAUCAAAUGCAGGCAACAAGAAAGAGGAAAAAGUUCAGAAAUUGCCAUGAAAUAUUUCACCAUUACUGUUGUUGUAGUCUGGUGACUAAAUUCUUACACAUUUCUAGUUUAUAAGUAUUUAUUAAGGUAGCAAUAAAAUAGAUUUCAUUUUCAA